CUGGUUGCAUUGGUAAGGUUGCUAUCCAAUUUGAGCGCGAUUGCGACCAUCGAUAUCAAGGUUUUGAAGCAAAGAUCGUUUAAGGGAGGGUCUAAGUUAGGGCACUACAUUUCAUACAGCCUCAUUUAUGAAAGCUAAUGCAUUGAAGUGAAAGUGAGCGCCCCCCAUCUUUCGGACUGUGUGCACUUCCGCCCGAUCCUCUGGACACGGAACCACAGCUCGCUUUUCCCUCCACACGGUGAGUGUGUAAGCAGUCCGGUGCUUAACUUGACUUCGUUUUAAUAACAGACACAUGCAAUUCUGAAUACAUUAACAGUUUUUUUUCAUUAAUAUAAACUUAAAUAAAAUGCAAUAUUAAGUAGGAGCUCGGUUUAACAUCCCAAGAGUAUAAGACAAAUGUGCACAGUCUGGUCAUGCUGCUAGCUAAACUAGUAAACUAGCUUAGAUUAGCUAGCAUGCCUUUAAUAAACUUGAGAUUUUAAUCACUCUUCCUUUUGUAAGUAUCGCAAUUUCUAUAAAGUUAUGUUGCCCUGUGCACCAUGUAGUAGUUUACUUUUGACAUGCUAAGAAUGCGUGUCGGUGUUUAACAGGUGAAAAUGUUCUUUGCUAGCUAGCAUUAGAGCUGGCCUAAUUAGAGCAUGUGCCUAAUAUGUAUACCUAAAUAAUCCACAGGUCUACACUAACAUUACUCAAACUGUAUGUCCAUUAAUGAAUGAUAUAGAAAUGACAUUACAGCUAGAGCUGGUUGAUAUGUGAAUUGUGAAAACAUGAGUAAGAAGUUUUCAUGAUACGUGGUAGUAUUUAAUAAAUGAGUUAAAAUAUUUUCAGAGUAUAAACGCACAAUGAUAUUUUUUUAAACAUUUCACACACUGUGCUCUACCAAAUCUAGUUGGAGAGGCCUAAUUACUUUUAUUACUGACAGUAUCUGCAAUAUGCUCCGAAAAAUUAUAUGGUAACAUUAAAUGUUUUGACAUCUUUUUUUUUCUUUUCACAGACCUUUCAGAUCCCUCCUCACAUCCAUCUAUCUCUCUAUCCUUUAUAGCGACCCAACGGCACUUUUAAGAGCCACUCGUCUGUCUGUCUAUCCAUACAUCCAUUCAUCCAUCCAUAUAUCUGUCUGUCUGUCUUGGUGUUUAUCUGUCUACCUGUUUAUCUGUCUGCAUUGUCUGUGUGUGUGCAUCUGUUGUCUGUCUGUGUAUCUGUAGGUGUCAUAUUUUUGCCUUCAUUUACACCAUGGACUCUGAAGGAGACUCUGGUAAUAAAUUCCACAAGCUUCUUCAGGAAGCACAGAGACUUGCAGCAGAGCUCAAUCCAAAAUUGGCAAAGAAAAGAAGGUCGGCAAAACCCGUAUCUGGUGUUGUUAGUUGGAGACAGAGGGAUAAUUCAGGACAAAUUAUUCCAAAAUUUCCCCCAAAGACUUAUAACUCGACUACACGUAAAAGGAGCAGUUCUGAAGUGGCUGAACCAGUAUUUCAGCAGCCUGAGCCAACACCUUAUGAUAGUGCUCAAGAACUUAAUGCACUGCAAGACAUUCUCAGGGACAUUCCUCCACAAGAGAAGGGCACUGUGCCACUAAGCUGGGCUGAACGGCAAGCUCAAAGCUCAGAGAAGUGGAAUGCUUCUAGAUCAGCCAUGGUUAAAAACAUAUUUCUCGCAGAGCACACAGACACCUAUAUCUGUGACAUCUGCCUGCAAAACACAUCUGUUGUGAGGUGCAGAGAUUGUUUGCCAAGACAGUUCCUGUGCAGUUCCUGCGAUACACAGAUACAUCAGCACAUCCUCCAUAACCGAGAAGCCAUGUUUGAGGGAUUCUAUCAACCCUUAGCCCCAAACAUGAUCAUUCAACUUCAAAAUGAUGGGUCACACCAGAUAAAGCAUGAAGUUCGACUGUUGCCGGUUCGUCUACCUCAACAGUGUACCUGUUCUCCCAGUCAGCUAAAGCUGACCUGUGGCAAAGAGGUCAUCCUUGUUGGAAUUAAUGGACGGUACCAACUAAAUUUGCCAACAUUGAGCUGUUCUCAGUGCAUGAAAAGCUGGACCACUGGACUUGAUGAACUAGUACAAUGUGGAUAUUGGCCUGCUACCAUCAACCACCAGACCAUCUUCCAUGUAGACCUGUUCCAGUCUUUCCAGGAUCUGAAGCAGCUGGCUCCUGGGCUUUCUCGUCAAGCAUUUAUUGGAAUGCUUGAUGAAAGAACAAAGUAUUUUGGCAGAACCGGAAAAAUAUGUGGUGACACAUUCCAGCGGUCAUUUCUGGAGUGGUGCUACGCGCAGCAUGAGGUGGACAAACUGUUGGAAGUUGAGCCCUUCCGGUGUACAGCAUGUUCACCACAAAUGCAUGCUGUAUCAGUGGAUGGAAAUAGAAAAUUAUACCGAUUUAAGAAUGCAUCAGGAAGUGCCACAAAGGGACUUUUUGAUGGCACCUUCCUGGCCAGAGAUGAGGAGGUGUCAAGUUUUGUUGCUCAAAUCCAGCAGGCAACCAAACAUGUAAAUACUCCUGGGAAAGGAAUGUGCGGAUCAUCACAAUGGACAGCUGCAAAAGAGCAUUCUGGGAAAUCUGCCUCAAAAAUUGAUGAGGAGGGGCUGGAAAUCGCUGUGUGCCGGCAUGGGGUGCUUUUGAGAGCACUGAAUAUGUUCAGAGGGGAGAUUUAUGCUUACCCUCUGUAUCUGCAGAAGGAACUGUCCCCCUCAAAUGUUUCCUUUUUCUGUUCAGAUGUGGCAUGCAAGUAUUAUCCGUAUUUGGAAAAGGUCUCCAAUAAGUGCUCUGAACUGCAGGGACUAUUGGAGAUGCAUCCACUUCUUUCAGUGAUGCAUGCCAAAGCACACUCCUGGACAUGUGAGUUGAAAUGGGGUGGACGCAAUCAAGAAGGCGCUGGCAAUACCAUUGGUGAGGAAGUGGAGCAGGUAAAUAGCUUCCUGUCCAGGGCUGCUAUCUCCACAAAAUACAUGUCUAAAGGUGGAAGAACAGACAUGCUCACAGUUCUGGCAAUGGGGUGGAACAAAAAGAAAAUGAGUAACAUGGACAAAAUAUUGGCCCAAAGAUAUGCUAAGGCCGUCCAGAGAGUGGCAGAUGAUAAGCUUAAGCUGGAGGAGCUCAAAGCUGAGUUAAGGAUUGAUGAUGCUGUUAUCCAACAGUGGGUCACUGAGGUGCAACACUGGCCUGAAGCAAAUUCUAGUUUGGAGGGUGAAGCCUCAAGGGAGGUCAUUCUGAAGAAGAAAAUUGAAGGACUGUACCUUAGUGUCAUGCAGAGGAAACAUCGCCUUUACCGUCAGACAGACAGCAACAAGAGACGACAUAAGAUGCGCCAGAAAAUUGCAGAGGAAAAGGCAGCUUUAUCUUCUGCUAUUGAAGAGCUACGUGAACAGACGGACAUCAUUCUGCCUGCUGUUGAUGAGCUUCUCUUGACUGAAAAUUUUGUGUGGUCCUGGACUUAUCUUGGACCCACUGAUCUCAGAACAAAGAAGGCCAUCUUUGACCAGGUGAUGGUGAUCAGGAGAAUGCAAGAGGAGGAGCAAAUUGUAGUUCAGGAGAUGAGGAGGCACUUGAACUCCCUCAUAGGUGUUGCUGGGAGUCUAAAAACCUUACUGCUGGACCAAAGCAAUGGCGCACACUGUGGAUAUCACAGCAUGUUGAGGAGGAGAUUGAGUGUUGUGAAUGCCCAAGUACAUCACACAAAAGCAUCAUUCAGCUUGGCUCUUCAUGGAGAAAUGACAUCCCAAGAUAUGCUGUCUGAGGACAGGGAGGAACAAGUGUCAGAUGUGGAGGACACAUCUGAUGAUGACAAUGACAUUGAUUCUUCAUAAGUACAUUGAGAUUAUUAAAUACCCAUGUCUAGUUCUUUGGGCUUCAAAACAGCUUAUGGUGCAUGAUGUGGUGCAUUAUCACCACAUCAUUUACAGGUAGUUCUCGACUUACGUCCAUUCGACUUUACGACCGUUUUAUGAAAGGUGAGCUACGAAUUUAAGAAUUAAGAAUUUAACUUAUAAUUCGUGCUUAGUUCUUUUUCUCAAAUGAAAAGCGAAUCAACAGCCGAAUUACAACCGAGACUUGCCUAAAUAGUAGCGGCCGUUGGCGUAGUGCACUACUUAGGCUUGCUUUCUAGUGUUGUAGUACGCGGUUUGAGAUUCAGCUAAAGAGCGCACAAUGGAAGAGAAGAGUAUUUUGAUUGACACUGGAAAAAAACAAUCACGAUCGGCACUCGGAAUAACAAGGGGUUGACCAUCAUCCCGGAAGAUAUGUUAUGUUCUGAAUUGCAAUUAGUGUUUUACUUUAAAUUAACUGUAAAAAAAAAAGAAAGUGUAUUAAUAGACGCUUCAAAUGACAUAAAAUGAACAAAGAAAAGUAUGACAUAUAACAAUAAUAAGGAAAAUGAUGAUAAAAUAUGAUUUAAAGAUUUUCAUAACAUCAUUACACAGUACUGUACAUAUAGCCUACUCGAGUUACGUCCAAUCAGCUUUACAACGGGUUUGUUGGAACCAGUCGUCGUCGUAAGUCGAGAACUACCUGUAAUUGCUUUGGCCAAUUCUGUGUUGGGUGGAGAAGACAUCUCUGGGAGUGAAAAACACUUUUUAUUAUUAAAUUUUAUAAUCUGUUCUUUUGAUCACAAAAAUUACAAAGGACACCUACUCAUUCACGUCUUAUUCGAGCUGUGCUGAAUUACUAUAUAUGUAUCACAGGCCUGAGAAUAGCCUGAAUUAAUUUCAUUGUUAUAUCUGUGUGUAUGUGUGUAAUUAUAUAAUUGAGGAGGCAGUUUUUGCACAGGAGACAAGACCCCUGAAGCUUGUAUAUAGUCUUCAUUGUGCAUAUACAGUUAAAUUUGCAUACUAUCAUGAAACGCGCUGUACACUUUCCAGUGCACAUAAUGGAUACUGCUGAAUUGGUAUUAUUCUGUGCAUUUAUCCUUAGUCUAAUGUUAAUAUGGACAAUUGUCAAGAAAAAAAAUGCUUUACAUUGUGAAUAAAUGGUACUGUAUCUGAAUCUU